GGACAGGCCCGAGGGUGCAACUUUUGUCUUGUUUUUUGCCUUGUUUUCCUCUCCCUGUCUGCUUUCCCGGCUUGCAGGCGUCGCUGUGGUUGCAGGUGGCACAGAAGAGGAGGUGUGCGCGGGGCAAGGUCCUCCAUGGCCCAAGGAACACCCAGGCUGGGGCCACCUCCCUGGGCCCAGGCCUGAGAAGGCGUCCCUUCUGGUGUUGCUGGGCUGGGUAGAGCAAACAGUGCUGAGUAAGGGAGAGACAAGGAAAGACGCCUGCAUGAAGACUGAACUGCUGAAAGAUAUCACCAACAACAAGGAGGAAGGGUUCAAUGCCAUGGCUGCGGAUGAAAGUGCUACAGAAAAGCAAGCGGGGGAACCAAAAAUGGCUGUAGAUGGUGAAACCAAUGGUUCCUGUGAGCACGGCGAGGCUGGGAGCCACCCAAACCCAGCGAAAAACACUCAGGACAACACGAAAGUGAGCCAGCAGGACUCUAGUACUAAAUUAAAUAGGAUAGCAGAAAAUGGCAUUUCUGAACGAGACGGUGAGACUGGGAAGCAAAACCAUAUGAAAGCUAAUGACUUCACACAGACUUCUCUAACAGGGAGCAAUGGAUAUAUUCUAACCAAGCAGAUGGCGCAGGAGCAACCUCUAAGGACUACCAGCACCUUUGCUUCUCUCACUGGCCAUGCUGCAAAAACCCUUCCAGGAGGAGCAAGCAAAGGGAGAACUGUGGGCACCUUUUCUCAGAUGCAAGCCACGAUGCCAACCAAGCUCGGGGAGGGCAGUAAGGACAUGGAUGCUAAAAAAGCCACUGCUGCUAAUGCUGAAGUCAAGGUCCACAGAGCACGGAAGACAAUGCCUAAACCCACCCCUAGCCUGGAAUUGCUUCCUGAAUUGGGAUCGAAGCUGAAUCUUAAACAGCAUGCAAGUAAAGACCCCAAAGAUGGGAGAGAAAGCAGAGAUCAAAAAGAAUCUAAAGAGGAAGGCAACAAAAACAUCCUGGAAUUUGGGAAGCCGUUGCCGUUGCCCUCUCUCCCGGGCCUUCACCAGUCACUACCUCAGAACCAGAGCUAUGUGGCCACCUCCAAGUCGCAGACGGCUGCUGCAGUAUCUCGAAAGAAAAAACGGAGAAUGGGAACCUAUAGCCUGGUUCCCAAGAAAAAGACCAAAGUGUUAAAACAGAGAACAAUGAUUGAGAUGUUUAAGAGCAUAACUCAUUCCUCUGCGGGUGCCAAGAGUGAAAAGGAGCUAGGUGAUGUCAGCCCUCACGUGAAUGGGGAGAGCAUAGAUGUAGACUCUGAAGAGGAAGACUCUGAUGAGUUGGAAGAUGAGGACGAUCACGGAGCAGAACAGGCAGCUGCAUUUCCUGCAGACGAUAACAGGACCUCUAAAGACAGCGCGUCUGACGCAGACAAUGUCAGAAAGAUUGAUGAUGGCGACUCUGAGGAGGAUCAAGAGUCUGCAGAGUCUGGAGAGGAUGAGGAGGAUGGAGAUGAAUCUGACUUGAGCUCGGAGUCCAGCAUUAAGAAGAAGCUGCUGAAGAGGAAAGGAAAGACAGACAGCCCAUGGCUGAAACCCACCCGCAAGAGGAGACGGAGGAAUAAAAAGAAACAAGCCAAUGUGCUAGGUGCUGAAGCCUAUAAAUCAUCGUUGGGAGGCAGAGAGGGCUCUGCCCAGGAUAACAGCAUGGAGUACAUGGAGGUGUCUCUGGAUUCCUUGGAUCUGCGGGUGAAGGGAAUCCUCUCCUCGCAGGCGGAAGGUCUUUCCAAUGGUCCUGAAGCAAUGGAAGUAGACGGUCUCCAGGAAGUUCCCCUCUGUAGCUGUCGAAUGGAAACUCCCAAAAGCAGAGAGAUCACCACGCUAGCCAACAACCAGUGCAUGGCCACCGAGAGUGUGGAUAAUGAGCUGGGCCGAUGCACAAACAGUGUGGUUAAGUAUGAACUGAUGCGCCCGUCUAACAAAGUCCAGCUUUUGGUGCUGUGUGAGGACCAUAGAGGGAGGAUGGUGAAACACCAGUGUUGCCCUGGCUGUGGAUACUUUUGCACUGCAGGCACUUUCAUGGAGUGUCAGCCUGAGAGCAGCAUCUCCCACCGUUUCCACAAGAACUGUGCCUCCCAGGUCAACGACACGAGCUACUGCCCACACUGCGGGGAAGAUGCCUCCAAGGCAAAGGAGGUGACAAUAGCAAAAGCAGACACGACUUCCACGGUGUCGCUGACCUACGAGCAGCAGAAACCAGCAGCAGUGGAAGGAAGGGCUGACACCACGACGGGAAGUGUCACUGGAACGCGGUUGUCUGAGGAAGACAAGCCAGAAAGUUCGGCUGCAGAGGGAUUUGACUUAGCUGGAUCUUCAGUUUUUCCAAAGCCUACUACCAGCCUGACCCAGGGACCAGUUAAAGAAACUCUGGAAAGUGCCCUGAUUGCUCUGGACUCUGAAAAACCCAAGAAGUUACGGUUCCAUCCAAAGCAGUUGUACUUCUCUGCGAGGCAAGGAGAGCUGCAAAAAGUCCUGCUUAUGUUGGUGGAUGGAAUUGACCCUAAUUUUAAAAUGGAGCAUCAGAGUAAGAGAACCCCUCUCCAUGCUGCUGCUGAGUCUGGCCAUGUGGACAUCUGCCAUAUGCUGAUUCAGGCUGGUGCGAAUAUAGACAGCUGCUCUGAAGACCAGCGGACCCCACUGAUGGAAGCAGCUGAAAACAACCACCUGGAAACUGUGAAAUACCUUAUCAAGGCUGGAGCACUAGUAGAUCCUAAGCAGUCCGGACGUCACUCACCUGAUUUAUUGAUGUCGGAGAGAAGAGGUUUCCUGCUUCUGAAGGACGCGGAGGGCUCCACGUGUCUGCACUUGGCUGCCAAGAAGGGGCAUUACGACGUUGUUCAGUAUCUCCUGUCCAUAGGAAAGAUGGAUGUCAACUGCCAGGAUGACGGAGGCUGGACGCCGAUGAUCUGGGCCACUGAGUACAAGCAUAUUGAGCUGGUGAAGCUACUGCUUGCAAAGGGGUCAGACAUCAACAUUCGAGACAAUGAGGAAAAUAUUUGUUUGCACUGGGCUGCUUUUUCUGGCUGUGUUGACAUUGCAGAGAUUCUGCUGGCUGCUAAGUGUGAUUUACAUGCGGUGAAUAUUCAUGGAGAUUCCCCCCUGCACAUUGCAGCCAGAGAGAACCGCUACGAGUGUGUUGUUCUGUUUCUUUCCCGUGGCUCGGAUGUCACUUUAAAGAACAAGGAGGGUGAGACUCCGCUUCAGUGCUCCAGCCUUAACUCUCAGGUCUGGGUGGCUCUACAGAUGAACAAAACACUCAGAGAAUCAUCGACUGAGAAGCCUGUCCAGAUUGAGAAGGUAGUGAGCAGAGACAUUGCCCGGGGCUAUGAGAGGAUCCCGAUUCCCUGUGUCAAUUCAGUGGACAGUGAGCCUUGUCCUAGCAACUACAAGUAUGUCUCACAGAACUGUGUCACCUCCCCAAUGGACAUUGAUAGAAACAUCACCCAUUUACAGUAUUGUGUAUGUAUAGACGACUGCUCCUCCAGUAACUGCAUGUGUGGCCAACUCAGUAUGCGCUGCUGGUAUGAUAAGGACGGCCGACUCCUGCCUGAGUUCAACAUGGCUGAGCCCCCGCUCAUCUUUGAGUGCAAUCAUGCCUGCUCGUGCUGGCGGACCUGUAGGAACCGGGUGGUGCAGAAUGGGCUCAGGACUCGAUUGCAGCUCUAUCGGACGCAAAAGAUGGGCUGGGGUGUGCGAACGAUGCAAGACAUUCCACUGGGAACCUUUGUGUGCGAGUAUGUUGGUGAGCUGAUAUCUGACUCCGAGGCAGACGUCCGUGAAGAGGACUCCUACCUCUUCGACCUUGACAACAAGGAUGGAGAGGUGUACUGCAUAGAUGCCCGUUUCUAUGGCAACAUCAGCCGCUUUAUAAACCACCUCUGUGAGCCAAACCUCAUCCCCGUGCGAGUCUUCAUGUCUCACCAGGACCUCCGCUUUCCCAGGAUCGCCUUCUUCAGCACGAGGCACAUAGAGGCUGGAGAAGAAAUUGGCUUUGACUACGGCGACAGGUUCUGGGACAUCAAAGGCAAGUUCUUCAGCUGUCAGUGCGGUUCACCCAAGUGCAAACACUCGAGCUCAGCGCUGGCCCAGAGGCAGGCGAGCACCUCGUCCCAGGACACGCAGGAAAACGGGCUCCCCGACACCAGCUCUGCCACAGCAGCCGGCCCCUUUUGAGGCUCCGCUCCUCAGAGACUGACUCGUUUUAACCCUAUAGAUUCACAUACUGUCUGAAUUUUCCAUUUAAAGAGAGAAAACCCGCUCGAGGAAAGCCAGGGCUUCGUGACACUUAGGGCUGUGCCACCGACUGUUACUUGAGGAAUAAGUGAAAGCAAAUCUCACCUCUGUGGUGUUGUUCUCCCCUCCUGGUCCUGGAAAGCUGCUGGUUCUUACCGUGCCGAGGGGUGGCUGUUGCAUUUUUUUCCACGCGAGCUGUCCUGGCCUCCAUCUCUUAAUGUUCUUAAGUGUUGUCAGAGCCCAGGGAGAGCCGCCCGUCCUCUGAACGUUGUUAAUUGAAUGGAUCGCUCAUGCCAAGUCAUCUCCAGUUCACUUGUAAUAAACUUUGAGUACUUGA